CCACAGUUUAGAGAACGGACGCCGUUGCGGCGGGAGGGGGGGCUGCGUUCGCUUCCCGAGGCAGUUGACGUCCGCGGAUGGUGCGGAGAAGCCGCCUUAACGAGGGCUCCGCUCCUCAAGCCGUGCCGGGCCUUCUCCUCCGCCCCACCGGCGAGCCGCUUACCUAACUCGGAUCAAGGAGCAAGAUGGCUCACAGCCAAACUAAGAAACGCAGGAGGAGCCGAAGUGAUUCCCGGAGCCGACGAGAGAAGGAGGAAGAUAAAAAAAAGAGGAAGAGCAGCAAAGAUUCCCGCGAGAGGAGAAGCCGAUCCCCAGCAAGCAAAAAAGAAUCUGAACCCCAGGAAUUCAGGCCGAGUUUAUCCUCUUCCAAAGACGUGAAAAAGAAGAAGAAAACGAAGAAGAAAAGGAAGAGGAAGGCCAGCUCCUCUUCCUCCGAGACCGGCUCUUCUUCCUCCUCCUCCUCUUCCAAAUCGGCCUCCUCUUCCAGUGCCUCUUCGGACGAGUCCGGCGACGAAAAGGCCAAACCCGAAAAGAAAAAGCAGAGGAGGAAGAAGGCGUCCAAAGGGAAAGACAAGAAGCGGAAAAAACGAAAAGAGAAGAAGAAGAAGAAGAAAGCCAAGAAAGAGAGGGGAAAAGAGGAGGGGGGAAGUAAGAAGGAAGAGGCCCCCGGCCCUUCGCUGGACCAGUGGCAGAAGGAGGCUGGCUCGGAUUCCGGACCAGCCCUCACGGACGAGCAGAAGUUCCGCAUCCAGGCCAUGAAGCCGAUGACAAAAGAGGAAUGGGACGCCCGCCAGAGCGUUAUACGGAAAGUCCUCGACCCCGAAACAGGCCGCAUGAGACUUAUUAAGGGCGACGGAGAGAUCCUGGAGGAGAUUGUCACGAAAGACAGGCAUAAAGAAAUAAACAAGCAAGCCAGUCGGGGCGAUGGACUUUCCUUUCAGAUGAAAAUGGGGAUGUUGCAAUAACGGGACGGACCCCUGAAAACGACAAAAGAUGAUCUCCUGGCUGUUUGCAAAGGUUUUGCCCCAACGAGCCAUGUCCGGGUGCCAAAAGGCAGGCACAGGCCACAGUUGCCCGAGCCUUGGGAGGGGGGGUGUCUCUCCCCCUCCCCUUCUGCCCCAAGGGCUCCUUGGUUUUCCCCAGGGGUCACUCCAGCUGCUCUUCUUCAGCUCCCCAUCGGGUCGAGGUUAGGGAAUGUAAUUGUACCAGGUUCUUCUUGGGGGGAAAAAAAAGAGAGAGAGGAAGAGAGAGAGGAGGAUGCAGGAGAUCAAAUUCAAGGCUGCUUUUGACAGUUGGGGGGGGCGCUUUCCAUGGGAUUCCUUGCAGCUCAAGAGGCCGCCGGUCUCCCUCGUUCUGUAUUUUGGCGAUCUGGGAGGGAAGCUGAGCAAAGGAACCACUUCCCCAUCACGCUGAGAAAAACCGCGAUGCAAUCGUUCCAUCAGAGACUGGGCUACCCGCAGCUGCUCCUGACCAGGAGGGAGAAUGACUCAUCCUCUCCCUGGUCCAGCUGCAGGAGGAGAACAGAACGCAGGGUCUCCUUCAGUCCACCUAGCACUACGCCACUCACACACACAAAACAAGGAGGCCCAAGAGCUUCAGGGGAAUCUGGAAUGAGGCCUUCUGGCCCAGUUCUCCGGCUGCCUCGGUGACUCAGCUCACCUUUUUAAGGGUGCAGUGAUUUCCCGGCCAGUCGGGGAAAGGUUAAAAGAGCUGUUUUAGGGUUUCCAGAGGGCCGAUUCUGGAUUUUUUGGCUGUGGGAGAAGGUUGGUCCUUCCCAGUUGGUUGGAGCCUAGAAACUAUCUGGAAAGUUGUCAGUGGCUCAGCCCCGAUGUGGGAAUUGACUGCUCGUGAGAAAGGCAAAGGACGGCAUUGUAGCUUCCUAAGCUCGUAAGAAGAAGGUCUGGCAAAACCUACUCUCUGUGCCUGAGCUGCUAGCUUAAUUCUGCAUUGGUUGCUGCAGGUUUCAUUUAAUUUAUCUCUUUCUCCUUCCCUCCUCCUCCUCCUCCUUCCUUUUCUUCUUCCUUCCAUCCUUUUUCUAUUUUUAUUUUUCUUUCUCCUCUUUCUUCCAUCCUUUACUCCUUCUUCCUUUCAUUCGUCUCCUUUUCCUUCCAUCUUCUCUUCCUUUCCUUCUUAUCUUUCUCCUCUUACUUCCAUCUUCCCCUUCUCUUCCUUUCAUUCUUCUCCUUUUCCUCUCCUUCUCUCCUUCUAUUCUUAUUUUUCUCUUGCUCCUUCUCUUUCAUUCUUCUUCUUCUUUCUUCCAUCCUCCUUUUCCUUCUCUUCUUCCAUCCUCCUUUGGCCAGAGAGCAUUCAAAGCCUUGUCAAUCAUUUAUUCUUGGAUAGCCACUUUGUGCCAUUUGCACAUAACCUUCCUUACGGGCAAGAGAUUUCCUCAUCCCCCCCCCCCCCAUUCCGAUUCCUCCCGUUUCCAAUCUUGCCCUACCAGUACAAAAACUGGGUUACCCACAGGCCCAGUGGAACCACGCACCGGCCAAUUCUUAGCGUCCUUUGGCAAUCGAACAGCUGCUGAGCUAGCUUAUGUAAACUCUGCUCCCAUUACAAGCAGUUAAUUAUUAAUCCGUUCUUGGAACAGGCCGCCCAGGCUAAAUUCACCCCAAAGGGAAAAUCAAACAGAAGCACGCUCAAGAGAAAAUAUGGUAUAGUCAAGUGUGUGUUUAAAGUUCUGCAGAGCAUUCGGUCCUGCAGAGCUAAAGGCGCCGAAAUCGUGCUGGUUUCCAAAGCAUCCACUAAAGGCAGAUUUAAUAUUCUUUGAAACUCUUCGAAUGUUCUUUAAAAAAAAAAAUUGGCUGGAUUGUAUCCAUUGCAUGCAUCGUUCUCUUUUUUCAAAACUGCAAGCACCAAGCUAAAAGAAUAAUUGUCCAAGCGAUCAAUACUAUGUCCAACUGGAAAUGCUUUGUACGGGGUGCUGAUGUAGCUAAUUUAACUAAUUAAAGCAGUCUUCUAAACAA